GAGAUUGACAGCGGUUUGAUGUUUAUGUUCAGAAAUCUUUGAGCAAUCAUGAAGAUACUAACAACGUUUGUGUGUAUUUUUGCAUUUCUUUCCGUAGCGCUUGGAUGGACAAGCUUAGAACAAGUUCCAGUCAAUUCUGAAUAUUGUGAGAGCUCCGAUCCGUCUACAGGAAAAGUAAAAAUUGGUGAAAGUCGACCAGCAACUGGUUGUGUUAGGAUAACCUGUUCGCCUGGAUUAAUUCAAUUUGCUGGAUGCGGAGUUGCAUCAGUCUCCAAGCCAUGUUAUAUGGGAGAAGAAGAUCUUAGUAAACCGUAUCCAGAUUGCUGCCCACAACCUGUUUGUCCGUAAGCGAAGGACUGCUAGUACGAUAUUAAUAAGCCCUAUCUAAGUAUG